AUUCGACUGUCAGACACACGUGUUCACUCGGAAGCGUAUUUUUCACCACGUGUUUGUAUGUUUCCUGUGUGUGGCAUACGUGACUACGUGUAUGUGUGUGUGUGUACAUGUACUCGCCUAGUUGUUCCAGCAGCGGUGUAUAUGGGUAUAGAGAGGCUUCCUGAUAAAGAAUCAUAACAAUAAGAGUGAAGACAUUAUAAGCAGCAUGUAAGAGUAAGAACGUUGAAAUAUGCGAGGGAUGGUGAACAUGGUGAGGGCAGACAUGGUGAGGGUGGUGGUGUUCACCUUGUACUGAAUGUUCCCUGUGCCGCUUUGCAGGUUAUUAUAACAAUUUAUUGACCUGAAGAGAAUUUAUAUUUCAGUAAAAGUAAAGUUAGUGAACUCCAAAACUUUAUUUACUAAUUCAGAUUAGUUGUGCUGUUGUAAACAGCCUUGAAUGUUAUGGUAAACAUUUUCGUACAGACUUGUAAACUAUAUAAUGUUUGUUUUGUGUAUCAGGGUGCGAUGUUGAACAUGCCACACGUGAAUCAUUGGUCUCAGUAAUACCAGGUUAGCUAACAAGACCAGUGACUAUAAUGUCAAAUGAAUCACAUGAUGUUUAGUGAGAGUGGUGGCUAAUACAUGCGAGACUUCCUUGUGGCAUUAUAAAAGUCAAAACUAGUCACCAGAUAGACGUUGGCAAGUGUCUUGUCUUGAAGACGGUAUUGCGAGUGUUGAAGGCGGUGUUGCGUGUGUUGAAGAGAGACGGAGUGACUUCUGAGGAGUGUAGCAUCAUGUCAGGUGUAGGGCCGGAGGCGUGGUCGUGUGGACGGCCUGUCUUCUACAACGUGUGUAUCUCUCUAAGUAACAUGUCUGGUCCCAUCAUCCACGAACACCCGCAGUCACCUACUGUUACUACCAGCAGUCACUCCACCCAAAGUCACGCCCAUGCAACCUCUACCACACCCAUACCCGCCCAUACCGCCGCUGCCAUGCCUCCACCUGCCCAUACAGCUCCAGUUACGACGCAGCCCGCGGCCAACACACAGCACAUAAGUCAGAUAAAAUGUGAAACGAACAUGAGUGGUGAUGAGGGAGGAAGUUAUGGCUCGAGGAAUGGGCAAGAUAGUAAGUGUAGGUGCAUGCUGGGCGGGGAGGUAAGUGCAGGACACAAGACAGUGAUCACAGUGAGAGGCGGGGAUGAUGACGACAGUGAUAAUUUCAAGAUAGGUACAGAAGAAAGGCGCUACAGCACUGUGGUGAGUGUGGGGUGGUGUGGGAGCCCGCUGUGCCCCUCCCGUACUCUUGAAAACUCCACUCACGAGGCUUCUCAAGGAGUGUGUGAGCCAGAACUCUUACUACUGAGGAAGGUGAGCCACACCAGCGACUACAGCAUCAGCUCCUCUGACUCCUCCGCCACCUCUGCCUCGCCCACACCAACAAAACUCACCAUAGACAACGCCCACGACUCUGACUACUUCGGCUCAUCCUCCGAGGAGGAAGAGGAGGACAGUGAAGAUGAGGACCUUCAGGCCAGGCUACGGGCAGCCAUUGCCAGGCUACAAGCUGAGGAGCAGCGAAUGGGCAUGCGACGACCGCGUGCCUGGAGAAGGCGAGCUCCUAUCAAGGAAUAUGACUUGGAGCAGAGGAUUGCCUUGGAGAUCAAAAUGCGUGAGGGGACCACUAAGUUACUAGCAGCGUGUGGGGCCCAAGGAUCUCAUGCUAACCUGCCUCACACUUUGGAGGCAGCCAAAAACCUUCUCACCUCCAAUGAACGCAUGACAGCCUACAUGGCAGAACUCCAACGCAGGAGGAACUCCUGCCUGCCACAUGAUGGAUCCCAGCCAUCUGUUGCUCGAGUAUGUCUGUCUGACCUACGUAUGCCUCUUAUCUGGAAAGAUAGUGACCACUUCAAGAAUAAAGGAGACUACCGUCGAUUUGCAGUGUUUGUGCUUCUAAAGAUUGGCACCGAGAUAUAUGACACAGUCAUGGUGAAUCCUGUCGACCGCUCAAUGACAGACAUCUGCUUUGAUGAUAUUAUUGUUUUCAACAAUAUUCCAUCCAGUUUUGAGUGCAAUCUAGAGGUGUACAGCCAUGUGCUUCAGAACGACCUCACUAUGGCCAGUACUCCUCGUAAGCUGAAGAGAACAUUGCAUUCGUCUAUAUCACGGACUGUAGGUAGAAAAUUGGCAGCCUCACUCAGGGAUGAGUUAUCAAAUGGAGAAAUGGGUCCAAAAUUUGAGUUGGUAGCUACUGCAAAACUUAAUUUGGAUAAUGUGUCCAACAACACAGCGACAUUUGAUCUUGCAAUGGAAAAUGUUGAAAAUCAAGAUCAAUUGCCGCUGUUUGGUCAUUUUUGUUGUCGUCUGGCAGCCCAACCAGACUGUGCUAUUCAGGAAAGAAUUGCUGGUUAUGCUCAAGUUCAGGAGAGUGAUCAUCAGCAGUCUUGGUGUCGGGUAUAUGGGUGGCAGCUAGAGGUGUGGGGCAGUAAAGAAGACAUACAUCUCUCUCCUCAUCAUCCCCUCUCUCUCUCUAUUGACCGGAACACAGAAGUAACUCAGACUGGAGCAACUGUGAUAGUUGCCAACACAUCUGGAUUUGACCGUGGACACCUGACACUCACCUUGGAAACUCCUAGUGAAGCAGCUACCUGGUACAGGUGUCUGAAGCAACAUGUAGCUGACCAUCGUCAUUGGGGUCCUGCUGCUGAAGAAGAAAUGGAAAUUCUUACACCACAGCCAACACGACACAACUUUAUUCUUCCAAGAAGAGGAAGAUUUGCUUCACUUUAUGAAGAAACUCCACUGAGAGAUGGUUCACCCGGCUCUGAGAAAUCUUCAUUUGAUGAUCUUUAUGGGUCUUCUGCUUUUGUCAAUAACUACUGCACUCCUGCCCACAUUCCACCAAGGCCACGAGCUCUCACCCUCUCCUCCCGCUCCUCAUUCAGAAGAUGGGGUUCUGUCAAAUGUAAUAUGCCUUUCUUUAAAAGCAAGAGUUAGGAUUCAUGCCAUUUGUAAACCUAACGGCCAACAAAACCUGGGUACAUUUCCUUGUACAUAUUCAAUAUUUACCAUUUAUAUAGAGAAAUUAAUUUGUUAUAAGUUAUUUUUCUUGUUUCAAAACUGUCACCUGUGUGUAAAACAUGAAAUUUUUUUUGUAGUUAUAUUUACAUUUUGAGUAUAUUUAGAAAAAGAUUUUUUAGGAUUUAAGAUAAAUACUGAAUUUUUUUUUUUCUUAAUUUUUUCUUGAUUAGGAAAAGACAGCUUAAAUAUAUUCCUGUUGGAGGUAAAUUAAAUACUCUUGAGCAUGUACCUUGCACUACCUUCCAGUCUGUUUUAAGUAAUUAUGUAAUAGAAUAUUUUUCACAUGCAUGAAAUUAGUUAUGCAGUGUGAUGUGUAAAUUCAUUUGCCUUAAAUAUUUCUGGUAAAUGGCUUAUACCAAUUAUAUAUUGAAAUCUGACCAUUGCUGCUGCUCAACUUUUUUUUUUUUGGGGGGGGGGGGCUAAAUUAUAUGGUUUCUACAGAUUCUCAGUAACUUGAAAUUUCUCUUUUAGAGCAUUGAAUAUUAUCAGGAAUGGAGUAACUUCAAAAAAUGGCUGGAAUAUCAUUGAAUUUUUCUUCUCCAUUUUGUGGGUUCAUCAUAAUAGGAGACCAUGAAAAAUGUGUGUGUGUAAACAUAGUUGCUAAGCAGUUUUUAAGUGGUUCUGUGCUUGUAAAUGUUUUGGUAUAAAGUCGGAAAAUAUGACUUUGCAAAAGUGACUUUGUUUAUAAACAUUAAGUGAUGUACAGUAUGGUAAUGUAAAUGAGAAGUAUUAGAAUGUCUUUGAUACGCCCAUCAAAUGACUCGCUAGAGAAGACAUGAUCAAUCUACACUUUAACUGUGCAAAAGCUCAUAAUCAGUCCUCGUUUAUGGUCAUUUUUUAUUUUUAAGUUUUAACUAUGACAGGAUUAUUUAUAUCGGCAGUGGACUAAAAAUAUAAGCAGAUUAGGCGGGGAUUACUGUUCUGAUAUGCGGCGACCACAAUCAACUGUAUUCAACCUGUGCAAGGUUGCCACAUUAGUGUAACUAUUUCACACUGCAGACACUCAACCAAGUUGAUUGUGAGUGCUACAGUUGUGAAGGGACCAAAUAAUUGUUUUGACAUGUUAUGCAAAAGCAUGUACAUGUAUAUAUGUUUCUUUAAGAAAAAUUUUUAAUCCACACUUAUUUACUUAUUAGCACAAAAUGUAUACACAAGCUUUCAAAAGUAUUUCUCCAUCCAAAUUUCAUGAGUUAUUGAACUUCAUGUUAUAUAGUGUAGUAACCUUUUACUAUUACAAGGGUUUUCAGUGAAGUAACAGGAUUAUUAUUAUAUUACUUUUAAGUUUGACGUGCCUCCUGAGUUAUAUUUUAUUUAUUGAUACGCUUAAUAAUUUGCAUAUUCUUAACUUGCUAGAAAAAAUUAUGAUUUUUGUUAUAAAAAAAAAAAUGCAUGUUUUGAGUAGCUACAAAAAAUAGUGGCCAAAACUUGCAGAUUACACUCUUCGAAAUGUUAGCAGCUAUUAUACAAUAAAACUACAAACAGCAUUUUGCUAAACUACACAGACUAAUCAUUAAUUUAUUUUUCACUACAACAGUGUAUUAUAUAGAGUUCAGUGAUCACUUAUAUCUGGUAAAAUGUUAAGCUAGACUUUUAUCAUUUAUUGUAGCUAGAUAUUAGUUUAUUGUGCAGGAUUGAUAUGGAUGUAGUUUUUUUUCUACAAGUUUUUGCCAUGCUUUGCAGCUGUUACCAAAUAUGUUUUUGUAGUUGGAGAACUGUUUUUGCAGUGCUGUUUUUGAAUAUAAGAAAACUGUACUCUAAAAUAUAUGCUGUAAAGUUCCAGACAAGCCAUUUACCAGUCUUAGUCAAAAUACUAUAGGAUUAUGAAAAUAUUUGUAAUACCAGCCAUUUUAAACUACCCGUUUUAAAUCUAAUAAAUGACAGUUAUUAAAAUAUGUACUUUGGGCCUUAUUAUACAAAUGGUUGUUUUAAUUAUCACUUCCACAAUAGUUUUCUUGCAAUGAAUAUACAAUAUGGUAUUUUUAUAUUGAGAAUGUAAGGUUUGUUGUUUAUUCUCAGUGGCAACAUUCACUAAAUUUGUGUUGUAACUUGUAUUUUCUGAGUCUUUGCUAUGUAUAGGCUCAUUAGUUUGUGAGAGCAGCUAGUUUUUUUAAACUACAGUGUUUUUCUUUUAAGGUUUUUAGCCACAAAUUUUUAAAGUUGUUGGGCUCCUGCCUUGUUGGGUAAAUGGGAAGUACAGUUCUGUGGAUGUUGAGCAUUGCACAUAGCUUAGCAUAUCAGGAUAUGUCCCAUGGAUAUAUGACUUACGUCGACAUGAUCUUAGCUGAUCAUGGCUUGUGGGACCUUUAAAAAAAAAACACAGGCUUCUUGUCUAUAAUUAGGUACAUGAUAAUCAUGUUGGAGAUAGUAUGAUAGGAAAUGCAGUUGUUUCACUCACAGGACUUGAGCUGUGGUUGAAAUGAUUAAAACAAGGAAAUACAUUAGGCAAAAUUAAAUAAACAAGCCAAAUUUUUUGUUUUUAAUUUUUGUUUUACUUUUUCUUCAUAGUUUUCCUCUAGGCAGAAUUAAGUAAAUACAAUGUCCCAAUCCUUCCAGUUCGUUCUCUUUGCCUAUUCUAUCUGCCCUCCAAUAUUCUCUCCUUCCCUGUCCUUUUUGUUAUCUCCCUUGUCCUUCAUUCUUAUUACUUUCCUUUCUCUCCACUAAUUUUUUUUUUUUUUUUUUUUUUUUUUUUUUUUUAACUUUUACCAAAAUCUGACAUUAGGAGGAAAAUCAUUCUUGAAUUAGUUUAAUCAUAUGACUAUGAACAGAUUUAGUAUUAAGUUAGCUAUCAAACUGCAAAACUUAUUAAGAAAAAUAGGUAGAGAGUAUCUGAAACUACAGCCUCCACUGAAAGAGAAAGAAAUCAACAUUAUCACUACUAGCACAGUACAAAAGGACACUUUUAUUGAGUUAUAUUAAUGUAUGGUUAAGCUAUCCCAGAUUUAGUAUUUAGAAAAAACUAAACUCUUAGGGGUCGCACAGUCUUGCUGAAGUAAGUUGUCAAAAAAAAAAAAAGGCAUACAAAAAAUGCCAGUCAUCGUAUAUAUAUUCAUGUUAUAUGAAAAGCAAUCUUACAAAAACAUUGGUUAUAUACUACUAAAGAAACUGCUUUUGAUGACUACUAACCUGUCCUGACCCAGCCUUCUGUUUUGACCCAACACCCACAAUACUGUUAGCCCCGCCUGUUCCGUUUCCCUCUGUGGCUCGAACUCUGUUGCUUCCAUUCCUUAAGUGCUAUGUCCCCCUACAGAUUAAGCAUUUCCCUCUAAAUAUAAUAAUGUGGAUUCUAAAGGGAAUUCCUUUGGCUGAUUACUGAAAGGAAAAAGAUCAUCAUUUUUGUAUUAAAAUGACAGCUUAUUUCAUGAAUUUUCCCAUAAAGGCAUUUUUUGCAAAACAGUAUUGUUAUAUUGUAGUAAUUAACACACUGAAAUACAGAUUUAAAUUACUUCAGACAAUUAUUCAUUAUUUCUAUUUAGCUAUUUAAAAGCAAGUUUGAGAAUUACAGGAGAACUGCUUCAUAAUCUUUUAAAAUUAAUAUCAAAGAAAUAAUGUAAGUUGCUAGAAACCUGUUAAUUUUUUCAAAUACAAAAUAUUAUAUUUUAUCUUCAAAAACUAAAGAAUUCAUCUUGUUCCUAUUUAUAUUUACCAUUCUGCAGCUCCUUUGAUCUUUGUUUCCAGCUAUGGAAAAUAUUCAGCUCAUGACACUGAUAUGUACUAAUCUAAUUAUUGAUCUUAUGGCAUCUCUGCUUUCAUUGUAUAUUGUAAUGCUUUUACUUGACAAAUUGAAAAUUUUUAGUCAUGUUUCUUGCCAAACAUUAACAUGUAUGCAUGCAUAUUUCUGAGCUUAUACAAAUUUGUUAGCGAAGGCUAUUCUAGAUAUUAAAAAAUGUUUUUUCCACAUUACUCUCAUUCACUUCAUAAUUUGUAAAUUAUUUUAUGGAAUAAGAAUUUCAUAACUGUACAUAGGAUGUUUUUUUUUUCUUUUUUUUUUUUUUAAAUCUGGGACUAUGGUGUUGAUGUGAACUGCCAUAAAUUAUUGUAGGAUGGGUAUUGCCUUGGAUUUGUAAUUUUGCUUGUGGGGGUUUUGCAGAUUUUGUAAUAAAAUUUAUACCAUAUAACUAAAACUUGGUUUUAUUCUGCAAAUCUUCUACAAAAAGAAUACUAUUGUUGUCUUUGACAAGAAUUUGUAUAUGAAUUUAAUGCUUCAUAAGUAUGAUAAUUGAAGCAGUACUGAAUGAUCCAAUAGGGUUAGUAGUUUGUGCAUGAAAAUAAUCAGAAAUUGCCUAAUAACAGAAUUUUUUCUUUUGCUGCCAUGCUAAACCUGUAGUGGUCAUAGAAGACCUGGAAAAUGUGGGCCAUUUAGGUUCUGUUCAAGGAAGGGGGAACACAAGUCCAGUUCCUUGGAUCACAAGAAAGUUGCUGGUAUCAUGGCACCUCCUUGAGGAGUGCUAUUGCUCAGAUUUUGAAGCACCUAUACACUCCUCUAAUACAUAUAUCAACCUUCUGAGUAAGAUACACAAGUGUUAAACUUUACAUCAAUCAACCUGAAAUCAAAUUUGGGCAUGACCUCUGUAACGUCAUUCACAGAGAACUCGUGCAUUCAAACAGUCUCGCAAAUCUUGCCCAAGAUACAUUACACUAGCGUUGACAAUUUGAAGCUGAUCAACUAAGGUGUUCUCGAGUAAAAAAAUAUUAGAAAGGAAACAAAUGUUGGAGUGUUCUGAAAUUAGUCUCCCUUGUUAACUGAAUAAAUGAUCAUAUUUA